AUGAAUUGUUUUGAGCACAAUACCCCCUACACACUUCUUUGUUGGGUAAAAGGAUGCAAUAAGAAAUUUCUAUGCAAUCAAUGUAUGUAAAAACAUGAUCCUCAACAUUUCUAAAUGAUUCAAUCUCUAAAUGACCUUGAUUCUUAAAUUAACUAAAUACCCAAAUCCAUUUAAUAAAAUCUAAUUCUCCUUAGCUCUCAAUUAAGUUCUGCGUAACUCCAAAUUACAUUGAACAAAGAUUCACUAAAAAAACAGAUCAUUAAGCUUUCAGAUUUACUUAAGGCUAAACUUGAUCUUGAAAUCAAUAAUUUCUGUUCAUCAGCAAUAGAUUAUACCACUGUUUAUUAUAAAUAGUUUGAAAAUGAUAUUACUGCUUUAUUCAACACCAUCUCUGAACAUUCCAAUAUUUUCACCCCAUAGACAGGUAGACCAAUAAAUGAGUUUUAAUUCACGUAGUUGAUCCAAUAACAAGAGAAAAUGUUUGAUAUUAUUCUGCCAAAGCUGAACCAAUAAGUGUAAAUGUUUGUUCAGCAAAUAUCAAACAAUUAACUAAUCAUGAAAACUGAAAACUUUCAUUCAAUAUUAAAUAAUAACAUUUCUAAAAGUUUUUAAUUGACCAAUUUACUUUUUACUGGUGAAACACUCCAAGCAUAAACACCAAAGCUAAAUCCUAAGUAAAAUCGGAUCAUAUCCCCUUUAAUUCCAAAAAUAGAUCUUAAGAAAAAUGCAUCUCAGUUAUUUCCUUAAAAAUAAUAAUCUGAUAGAACAAGCGAUUAGUAGGCAUUCUAUAAUGAUAGCAUGGUUGAAUUGAGCGGAUCAAGAUUUCUUUAACAAAAAUCUAUCAAUACAGUACUUACUGGGCACACUGAUAUUAUUUUAUGUAUUUGUGCUUUUUCUAAUACUUCAAUUUUAUCAGGGAGUGCAGGAGGAACUAUAAGAAUCUUUUAUAUUGAUAAUGCGUUAACUUAAACUAAAUUGAAUGACCACAAAGGGGAUGUGUUGGCAUUAAUAAAAAUAAACGAUACAAAUUUUUGUAGUGCAAGUUCUGAUUAAACUGUUCGCAUGUGGAAUUAUUAAAGAAAGAUAUGUGAAUAUGUACUUGUUGGACAUGAAAAACCAGUCUAAGCUCUGAUACAUUUAUAAGACUCGGACUAAUUGGCUUCAGGUAGUUUGGAUCACACAAUCAAAAUUUGGUCUCUCAAAAGACCUAAAAUGAAAUUAAACAUUUAAGAUCAUCAAAAAGUCUUCGCUAUAUGUUAUGUAUAAUCUAAAGGAUUAAUUGUGAGUGGAGGAGAGGGUAUCCUAAGUGUGUUUAAUAUGAUAAAUGGAUACUGUAGAGAUAAAUUAGAAGGACAUACAGGAAAUGUUCUAUGUGUGAAGUACUUAAAGGAAGUUGUCAAUGGAGAGUAUAUUUCAUUGAUCUCAUCUGGAGGAUAGGAUUAAAAAAUCAUUUUGUGGAAUCUGGAUAGAGCUUAGAAAUUAUAUAUAUUUGUUGGCCACUAAGAUUAUGUUACUUGUCUGACUUUUGAUAGUGAAAAUAAUCAACUAUGGUCUGGUGGAGCUGAUUAGACAAUCAGAUGUUGGGAUAUUGAUAAGGGUAGAUAAGUUUUUAUUUUUAAAAGACAUACUAAUUAAAUUAGUAGUAUUGAAUAUCUUUCUAGUAGAUAAUUGAUAAUAAGUGGAAGUUGGGAUAAAAAAAUAAGAUUAACAUCUAGAUCUAUCUUAGUAAAUUGA